GUAAGCUUUAAAAAUCCUACUAUAAUAUGAAGGAUUUCAUGUAUGAUAAAAAGCAACAUAAUUGAAUUUGAAUAAUACAUAAAGUAACUCCUAAGGAUUGCCUGUAAUGACCCUCCUCGCCCAUGCAGGCGCGGCGAGCGGCGUGGCGAGCGGCGCGGAUUCUGACGAGCGGCGCGCGCACGGCGCAAACCGUGCCGUCGAGAUAGUGGUGCAACCGCAGUCGGGCAGUCGCUCACGUGCCGUGCCCGCAGACGCACGCGUGGUGGCGCGCGCGCUGGGCGCCGCCGACAUCCUGCGCCUGCCCAUCGUGUUCGCGGACGACGAGCCCGCCGCGCCGCCCGCGGACGGCGACGCGGGCGGCGCGCUCUCCGUCACCGGCGGCCAGCCGCGGCUGACGCGCGUGCUGCUAGCCAAGCGUGCACCGCCGGCCCCGCGCGCCCCGUGCGCCCUGUCCGCCCCGUCCGCCCCGUCCGCCCCGUCCGCCCCGCGCGCGCGCGGCCGCCCGCCCCCCCCGCGCCCCGCGCUGCUCAAGCGGCGCGCGCAGCCGUAG